ACUGAUCACAUGGAGGAAGGUGAGACUAGCAAAGUAAUGUCGUUUACCUUCCCAAAGAUCUACAAUUUCCCUCCUUUCUUCACUAAACAGCCCAAUGAACAAACGUGGUCAGCCCAACGGCAGCAGUGGGUACAGCUGAUACUGUCAUACUGUCGUUUCCAUAGGAUUUGGAUAAUGAACGACAGAGGGGUGGUACUGUCACAGGGAGACGUUGAAUCUGAGUCACUAGAAGACUCACAACAGGAUGUUGACUCCACCAGCGAAGUGUUCCAUAAUGAGGCGAUUGACCGACAGUUGGACAUCGACACCAUAAGGCUACUGUUCAAAGAGAUGUUACGCAGCGGCGACGUCUCACCUGUUGACGGUAAGAGCAAAUCCAACAGCACACAGUACUAUGUGAAUUGGAACCGGCCAGACGACUGGGCUGCGAUGGUACUGGAAUGGAUAGAAUCGACGGGACAGGCAGGCACAGUGCUGACACUAUACGAGAUAGCUAACGGAGACCUGAGUCUGAAGCAAGAGUUCCAUGGAAUACACCCCCGUAUCCUGGAGAUGGCUAUCAAAGUACUGGUAAAGCGAGGCCGUGCACAGAUCCUACGGGAUGAGGAUGGGAGAAUCGGAGGUGUAAAGGUUCAGUGAUAGGGGCUCUACACCUGGUGUUGUGCAAUGGAUUGGGAUGAUACACCUUAUAGCUGAGCACGGUAUGAUAU